UUUUGCCUUUUGAUUUUUGAUUUUCCUUUUUGAAUUUUCCUCGGAGUUCAGUAUUUUUGUGUGUUUACUUUUUCUGAUAGCUUCUUUUGAAAUAUCACCUUUUUGAACUUAUAAAGAUCAAACACAUAUUGUAGAUCGUGUAAAAAGAUACAAUAACGACAACGCAGACUAUGUUUAUGUCGAUCUUGGACAAGAACAGAACAAAGAUGAACCUCAUGAAAUAUUAGAAAUAAGAAUACCUGGGCCUCCUGGCAAACAAGGUGCACAAGGAAUGAGAGGUUAUCCUGGUCAAGCUGGAACUCCAGGUUCAAAAGGAUAUAAAGGAGACCCUGGAAAAACAGGACAUGAUGGACCUCGAGGAUUCACUGGCUCUACCGGACCAAAAGGUCAGAUGGGAGAUACUGGACAAAGGGGUAACACUGGUCAAAUCGGACCUACUGGAUCUCGUGGACCUGCUGGACCUAUUGGCCAACGUGGUACCCCUGGAAUGGACGGAGCCGAUGGACCUCCUGGUGUUAAUGGUUCAAAGGGUCUACAAGGAGAACAAGGACCCACUGGACCCUCGGGGCUUCCUGGCAAAACAGGGCCAUCUGGGCCGUCCGGUCCUACAGGACCAUCUGGUCCCAGAGGGGAAAUUGGAUCAACUGGUCCCGAGGGACCAAAGGGAGAUUCUGGUGACACAGGAGAUCAAGGAAACACAGGACCAAGAGGGGACGUUGGACCAACAGGGCCUCCGGGACCCACUGGUCCCAAAGGAGAUAUUGGUCCUAAAGGACCUUCGGGUAUUUAA